UCGCCAUUGAAACUCAUCACCUUUCAAAACACUUCUCCAGUGACCCAAAAAAGCUUCAUUGUCUCUUCUAUUGAAAACCCCAUGGCUGCUCUUAAGCUAGUUUGUGCUCUAGUGUUGUGCAUGUUGGUGGUUGAGCCCAUUGCCACAACCGCCAUAACAUGCGGCGAUGUGACAAGCAAAGUGGCCGGUUGCUUAUCAUACUUGCAGAACGGAGGGAACGUGCCGAAGGCUUGCUGCGACGGGAUCCGGUCCCUGAACAUGAUGGCUCGAACCACCCCUGACCGCCAAACCGUGUGUGGGUGCUUGCAAACUGCCGCUAAGGCUGUCAAAAUUAAAGGCAACUUGGCUGAGACCCUCCCGGCCAAAUGUAGUGUCAACAUCCCUUACAAGAUCAGCACUUCCACUAACUGCAAAAAUGUGAAGUGAGAUGGAUGAAGAGAGGGUUUUGCAGCAGCUUGCAGGAGAUAUAAUAUAUGAUUAAAAAGAAGAAGAAGAAGAAGAAUGAAUAAGGAUUUUGGAUGGAAUUUUCAAAAUCCAAAAUUAGUCUCCACUUUAGUGUAGUGAGGCUUUGUUUAUUUUGUUUAAUGUUUUGGUCCCUGCAUGUUGGCUCUUAUUUUAUAUCCUCUAUGUAUUGGCUAUUUUAAUGUUUUAAUGAAAGGAAGUUUAUGCUUUGUCA